ACCCAGUAUUAUUUUUCAUUUUACGGUAGCUUUGACAUGGCUCUUACCGGUAUCCUGAUAGAAGCUGAAAUUGCUGCUGGCCUACAGAGCUGACAAGCUGCUGAUUCAUUUGAUUACAAAACCUUUUUUGUCAAAGUGGGUCUCAACUCCAAGUCCAAAGACCAGCUCGCUAAAGUCUUUGGAAUUCUUGAUCAGGAAGAUGAACUGAAAUUUUUCCUGCAGAAUUUCUCAGCCAGUGCCAGAGCUUUGACAGAUGCUGAGGCCAAGACAUUCCUGGCAGCGGGUGAUAGCAAGGGAGAUGGUAAAAUUGGUGUGGAUAAGUUUCAAGCUCUGGUCAAAUCUUAA